GAUGGACGACUUAGUUUUCAUUCCUAUCCCACGGGGCAUUAUUACACUGGGAAGGGGGGCGUGCCAUUUUGCGCAAGGGACCUCCGCCGACGGGACAGAGCGUAGGCUUUGGAUGGUGCUCUCGGAUUGCAGUUGACAAGGAAAGUCAUCUUCUGGACUACUGUUUCCAAUACAGUUAUGACGGUGCUAAUGUAAAGUUGGAGACAAGCGUGAUGUCCGGAUAACACAGCGCCAGUGUGCAUUUACGCACGUCGGACAGCCUGGAGCGCAGGAUUUUAACCUUCGUACCGCCGCUUGGAACAGCCCUCCAAGUCUGAUCUCCUCAGUACCGGACUGUCUGAUGAAAGGUGGGAUAUAUUAUGGCUUCUGCUCCACCUGAGGCAAGGAAGUUUGCCCGGGGGCUCAACAAACCGGGCACCGCCGCAGAGCUGAGGCAGAGCGUCUCCGAGGCUGUGAGGACGUCAGUUUUGAUGGUAAAGCCGAAGAUCAUUGAGCCCCUGGACUAUGAGAAUGUGAUCCUGCAGAGGAAGACCCAGAUCAUCAGUGAUGUCCUGCGGGACAUGCUGCAGUUCCCCACAGACGACUUCCAGAUCUCCACCCUGAAGCGCCAAGGCAGGACUCUGUUCUCCACCGUGCCAGAGACUGCCGAGAAAGAAGCUCACUCACUGUUUGUCCAAGAGUGUAUCAAAACCUACAAGUCUGACUGGCAUGUGGUCAACUACAAGUAUGAGGAGUAUUCUGGAGACUUCCGCCAGCUCCCAAAUAAAGUGUCAAGACCUGAGCAACUGGCAGCUCACCUGUUUGAGGUGGAUGAAGAUGUUGAAAAAGAUGAGGACACAGCCUCUCUGGGAUCUCAGAAGGGAGGAGUGUCUAAACAUGGCUGGCUGUACAAAGGCAACAUGAACAGUGCCAUCAGUGUUACUAUGCGGUCCUUCAAGAGGAGGUACUUCCAUCUGGCCCAGCUGGGGGACGGAUCCUACAACCUCAACUUCUACAAGGAUGAGAACACCUCCAAGGACCCCAAAGGAACCAUCUUCCUGGACUCAUGCAUGGGGGUGGUUCAGAACAGCAAAGUGCGCCGGUUCGCCUUUGAGCUGAAGAUGCAGGAUAAGAGCACGUUCCUGCUGGCUGCAGAGAGCGAGGCGGAGAUGGAGGAGUGGAUCGGCACGCUCAACAAGAUCCUGCACAGCAGCUUCGAACAGGCCAUGCAGGAGAAGAGGAACGGAGACCUGCAUGACGAUGAGGAGCUUGGAAAAGCAGACAUCUCCUCCGGAAGUUUUCAAGACAGCUUUCAGACUGCCAGAGAUAUUGAGUCCAAAAUGAGGAGUGAAGCUCGUCUGAAGCUGUUCACUCUGGACCCUGACACACAGAAACUGGACUUCUCUGGCAUUGAGCCGGACGUGCGGCAGUUUGAAGAGAAGUUUGGGAAGAGAGUCCUGGUCAGCUGUAACGACCUGUCCUUCAACCUGCAGGGCUGCGUCGCAGAGAAUGAAGAGGGACCCACAACUAAUGUGGAGCCUUUCUACGUGGUCCUGUCGCUCUUCGACGUCCAGAACAGUAGAAAGAUCUCGGCCGAUUUCCACGUGGAUCUCAACCACCCUCUGGUCAGACAGAUGACAUCAGGUUCAACUAACAAGCAAGACGUGCACAUCAAUGGAAGCAGCGAUGGUCCCCUCAGGCACGCCAGUGGGCUCCCAGUGGGCUCUCUCCAGUACCCCAGACAGGGGGUCUUCUCUGUCACGUGCCCCCAUCCAGAGAUCUUCCUGGUGGCCAGGAUUGAGAAGGUCCUGCAGGGGGGGAUCACCCACUGCACUGAGCCCUACAUGAAGAGCUCAGACUCCGCCAAGAUGUCUCAAAAGGUGCUGAAGAAUGCUAAGAUGGCCUGCAGCAGACUGGGACAGUACAGGAUGCCGUUUGCCUGGGCUGCAAGGCCUGUGUUCAAAGAUGCAUCAGGAACUUUGGACAAGAGCUCACGCUUCUCGGCUCUCUAUAGACAGGACAGCAGCAAGCUGUCAGACGAGGACAUGUUCAAACUGCUGACUGACUUCAGAAAAGCAGAGAAAAUGGCCAAACUCCCCGUGCUCUUAGGGAACUUAGAUGUAACUAUUGACUGCGUGGCCCCGGAUGUAACAAAUUGCGUCACUACCUCCUACAUCCCUGUGAGGAACUUUGAAGGCAACGGGAGUGGCGGCGCUCUCCUGGAGGUGGAGGAGUUUGUGCCCUGCAUCGCUAAGUGCUCCCAGCCAUUCACCAUCUAUAAGAACCACCUCUAUGUGUACCCAAAACACCUGAAAUAUGACGGACAGAAAACCUUUACUAAGGCAAGAAAUAUUGCAGUUUGCGUUGAAUUCAAGGAUUCUGAUGAGGAUGAAGCCCAGCCAGUGAAGUGCAUCUAUGGUCAUCCAGGAGGUCCUCUAUUCACCAAGCAGGCAUAUGCCACCGUCCUGCACCAUCAGCAGAACCCUGAGUUCUACGAUGAGAUAAAGAUAGAGCUGCCAACUCAGCUGCACGAAAAGCACCACCUUCUCUUCACCUUCUAUCACGUUAGCUGUGACAGCAACAGCAAGAAGAAAGACCUGGUGGAGGCUCCAGUGGGUUCAGCAUGGCUGCCUCUGCUGAGGGAUGGCAGAGUCAUCAUGAACGAACAGCUGCUGCCAGUGGCUGCCAAUGUGCCCGCCGGGUACCUGGGCUCCCAGGACGGGAUCAACAAGCACUCUGGCUCGGAGAUCAAAUGGGUAGACGGAGGAAAACCUCUGUUCAAAGUCUCAACUCAUCUUGUUUCCACAGUUUACACUCAGGAUCAGCAUUUGCACAACUUCUUCCACCACUGUCACAUCAUGGAGAUGUCAGAACAAGCUUCAGAGGGAGAGCUGGUGAAAUACCUGAAGAGUCUCCAUGCGAUGGAGGGUCAUGUGAUGGUCAACUUUCUGCCCACCAUCCUCAACCAGCUGUUCUGCGUCCUAACCAGAGCCACACAUGAGGAUGUGGCUGUCAAUAUGACCAGGGUGAUGGUUCAUGUUGUAGCGCAGUGCCAUGAGGAAGGGCUCGAACAUUACCUGAGAUCUUAUAUCAAGUUUGUGUUUAAGCCCGAGCCUUACUCCUCCACCAAUGUGAAAACAGUUCACGAGGAGCUGGCUAAAACCAUGACAGCCAUUCUCAGACCUUCCACAGACUUCCUGACCAGCAACAAGCUGCUCAAGUACUCAUGGUACUUCUUUGAAGCUCUGGUGAAAUCAAUGGCUCAUUAUCUCAUGGAGAGCGGGAAGGUUAAGCUUGCCAGGAUCCAACGUUUUUCAGCGUCCUUCAACCAUGCGGUGGAGACUCUGGUGAAUAUGCUGAUGCCACACAUCACACAGAAAUACAAGGACAACCUGGACGCGGCUCGCAAUGCCAAUCACAGCCUGGCAGUGUUCAUCAAGCGCUGCUUCACCUUCAUGGACAGAGGCUUCGUAUUCAAGCAGAUCAACAACUACAUGAACUGCUUUAUGCCUGGGGACCCCAAGACUUUGUAUGAAUUCAAGUUUGAGUUCCUGCGGGUCGUUUGCAACCAUGAGCAUUAUGUCCCUCUUAAUCUGCCCAUGCCCUUUGGAAAAGGCAGAAUUCAAAGGUUCCAAGAUCUCCAGCUGGACUAUUCUCUGACGGAUGACUUCUGUCGAAACCACUUCCUGGUGGGGCUGCUGCUGAGGGAGGUGGGCGGGGCUCUUCAGGAGUUCCGAGAGAUCCGUCAGAUCGCCAUCCAGGUGCUAAAGGGGCUGAUGAUCAAACACACGUUUGACGACCGCUAUGCUGCGAAAAGCCAGCAGGCAAGACUUGCAACUCUCUACCUCCCCCUGUUUGGUCUGCUCCAAGAAAACGUCUACAGACUGGACAUUAAGGAGUCAGCCAUCCUCAGCAACCACAAUAAUGCCAGGGAGGACUCUUUGGUACCUCACUCCAUGGUGACCCCUCAGAAACCUGGGAGCUGCAUAGAAAAUGCUCUCCACAAAGAUGUGUUUGGAGUCAUCUCUGGAACAGCCUCCCCUCACAGCUCCACUCCCAACGUGAGCUCAGUUCACCAUGCAGACUCCAGAGGCUCUUUGGUCUCCACCGACUCUGGGAACAGUCUGCUGGACAAAAGCAGCGACAAGACAAACUCCCUGGAGAAGAACCAGUGUGUGUCCACUCUGGGCAGCAGUGUGCUGCGCUGUGACAAGAUGGACCGGGAAGAGAUCAAAAACCUGCUCAUUGGCUUUCUGCACAUCCUCAAGAGCAUGUCAGAGGAGGCACUUUUUGCAUACUGGAACAAAGCAGCUCCCUUGGAACUCAUGGACUUCUUCACAUUGAUAAAAGUGUGCCUUCAUCAGUUCAGAUACAUGGGAAAGAGAUACAUCGUCAGGAGCCAGGAGGGGGUGGGGCCUGUAGCUCCAGACAGGAAGUCUCUUACUCUCCCUGUGUCCCGUAACAGGGCGGGAAUCCUGCACGCCCGCCUGCAGCAGCUGGGAACUCUGGAGAACGCUCACACCUUCAACAACAUGUACUCUCACACAGAGGCAGACGUGAGCAGCCAAUGUCUGCUGGAGGCCAACGUGUCCACAGAGGUGUGUCUCACUGUGCUGGACACACUCAGCAUCUUCAUCAUGGGAUUCAAGAUUCAGCUUAAUUCCGAUCUGGGUCACAAUCCCCUGAUGAAGAAGGUGUUCCAGGUCCAUCUGUGCUUCCUGCAGAUCCCUCAGUCUGAGGCCGCCCUCAAGCAGGUCUUCACCUCCCUCAGGACCUUCAUCUACAAGUUCCCCUGCACCUUCUUUGACGGCCGGGCCGACAUGUGUGCCUCUCUCUGUUAUGAAAUCCUCAAGUGCUGCAACUCCAAGCUGAGCUCCAUCCGCAGCGACGCCGCACAUCUGCUCUACUUCCUCAUGAAGAGCAACUUCGACUACACCGGACGCAAGUCUUUUGUACGGACCCACCUGCAGGUGGUGAUUGCUGUCAGUCAGCUGAUUGCUGAUGUCAUCGGCAUCGGAGGGACCCGUUUCCAGCAGUCUCUCUCCAUCAUCAACAACUGUGCCAACAGUGACAAGAGCAUCAAGCACACAGCGUUUCCAUCCGAUGUGAAGGACCUGACGAAGCGCAUCAGGACGGUGCUGAUGGCCACGGAGCAGAUGAAGGAGCACGAGAACGACCCGGAGAUGCUGGUGGACCUGCAGUACAGCCUGGCCAAGUCCUACACCAGCACCCCCGAGCUCAGGAAGACCUGGCUGGACAGCAUGGCCCGCAUCCACCACAAGAACGGAGAUCUUUCUGAGGCAGCCAUGUGUUACGUGCAUGUUGCUGCGCUGGUAGCUGAGUACCUGUGGAGGAAAGGUAUGUUCAGGCAGGGCUGCUCGGCGUUCCGCGUCAUCACUCCGAACAUCGACGAGGAGGCGGCCAUGAUGGAGGACGUGGGGAUGCAGGAUGUUCACUUCAAUGAGGAGGUGCUGAUGGAGCUGCUGGAGGAGUGUGCUGACGGCCUCUGGAAGGCGGAGCGUUAUGAGCUCAUCGCUGAUGUUUACCGGCUCAUCAUCCCCAUCUACGAACAGCGCAGAGACUUUGAGAAACUGACCCAUCUGUAUGACACACUCCACCGAGCCUACACUAAAGUGAUGGAGGUGAUGCAUUCUGGAAAACGACUGCUGGGCACAUACUUCAGAGUCGCCUUCUUCGGACAGGGCUUCUUUGAGGAUGAAGAUGGAAAAGAAUACAUCUACAAGGAGCCAAAGUUCACUCCGCUGUCAGAGGUUUCCCAGAGGCUCCUGAAGCUCUACUCCGACAAGUUUGGUCAGGAGAACGUCAAGAUCAUUCAGGACUCCGGCAAGGUGAACCCUAAGGACCUAGACUCCAAGUAUGCCUACAUCCAGGUGACCCACGUCACACCCCACCUAGACGACAAGGAGCUGGAGGACAGGAAGACUGACUUCGAGAAAAGUCACAACAUCCGGCGCUUUGUGUUUGAGACGCCGUUCACUGUGUCGGGAAAGAAGCAGGGAGGGGUCGAGGAGCAGUGUAAACGGCGGACCGUUCUCACCACCACCCAUUGUUUCCCGUAUGUGAAGAAGCGUAUAGCAGUCAUGUACCAACACCAGACCGACCUGAGCCCCAUCGAGGUGGCCAUAGAUGAGAUGAGUGUGAAGGUGGCCGAGCUGCGCCUGCUGUGCUCCGCCUCUGAGGUGGACAUGAUCCGCCUGCAGCUCAAACUGCAGGGCAGCAUCAGCGUCCAGGUCAAUGCCGGUCCUCUUGCUUAUGCCAGAGCUUUCCUCGAUGACAGCAGUGCCAAGAAAUAUCCUGACAACAAGGUCAAACAGCUCAAAGAGGUGUUCAGGCAGUUUGUGGACGCCUGCGGUCAGGCGCUGUGCGUGAACGAGAGGCUGAUCAAAGAGGACCAGCAGGAGUACCAGGAUGAGAUGAAGGCUAACUACAGGGACUUGGCCAGGGAGCUGUCGAACAUCAUGCAUGAGCAGAUAAACCCGGUGGAAGACGGCAACAGGAGCACUCUGUCCGACUCUAUGGGCAUCUUUAACGCCAUCAGUGGCACACCAACCAGUGCCACCCCACAUGGCUCCACCACCAUACUCUGAUCAGGAUGUUCAACACCAAACUAUUGCCUUCUUUAUCCCUAAUGACUGAUUACACUUCCUGUCAGUCAAGAGGAAACAAAAAACAUCUUUAUUUGUUUUUGUUUUCAUCAUGCUAUCCUGUCAUCAGUUAGCCCAUUCUUCUUGUUUCCUAUGGAGACUCCAGUCAAUACUUAUACAUUUUGUAUAGUUUGUUUAAUCAUAUGUAAAAUGGGCUUAAGCACAGCAAGUGUGGAUCCUAUACUGUGACUUGCAACAUGAUGUUAUCUUUAUUAUUCUGGUGUGUUAAGCUCCACCCAAAGGAUGUGGUAACAGACUUCAGUAUUUCCAUGUAAGUCUACACCUUAUCUGUUUUGUAACUGUAGGGCUCCCAUGUAUGUACAUUGUUUGUAUAAGAGAAAGUUUUUAAUGGGAAUAAAUGAAUACCACUGCUGUAUCUGUUAACAUUCUUCCACUGAGGCACAGUAUUUUUACAUUUUCUAUUCUUUCCAUUCAGGAGGCCCUGUUACAGCAGAUGCACUUUUGUGAGCAGUGCAGAAAGCAUUCAUCUGUUAUCUUACCCUGGACAUUUGAAAUUAUUAUUCCCUCUAUUUUAGGCCAAUGGACGUGUAUAGAAUCAGUCUAAAGCCAAGUGAACCACAAUGUUUUAACCUUUUUUCUGUAAGGAAAAGUGUGUGCAAUAUUUUCUAUUGUUACCAUGGCCUACCUACUGCAUAGAAAACCACUCUUGCCAAAGACAUUAGAAAAAGACUGUGCAAGGUAAGCCAAGGGUGGCACAAUUUGUAAUCUACCCCCUUUGUUUCUUUGUCUGUCAUGCCUUUUAUUAUCUGUGAGGUAAGAUUAAAAAGCAUUUUGACUUAGUGACUGCUCAUGUAAAUAUGUUUAAGACUUAUAAAUAAAAUAAAUAAUUCCUUCUUUCAUG